GGGACAGCUUACAGUGAAGGACACAUCCAGGGAUACAUGGAGCAGCCGUCCUUGACCUCGGAGUACGACCUGGGAGGAGAAGGGGGCCUGUUCAAUGCUCCGGAGCCCAUCAUCGAGGAACCACCUCUGCUUCGCCUUGACCCCGCGUUCUCGAUGAUGUCUGGUUCUGGCGAGAACGACGCCAUCAAUGUGGGUUUGAUUGAGGUGCUGUACGAGUGCCAGAAGGAGCUCAUGGAGAAGUCGCUGAUCGAGGAGACGAUAUCCGAGCUGCCGGACGUCGAGAUCUCUAAGCUGCAUCAGGUCGAGGUCCCUGCCGGAGAGCUGCACAAGAGCAUCAGCUCCGGGUGCCCCAACUCGACGGACUGGAUGAACGGGACAUCGUCGGUGAGGGUCAGGCCCAACUUCCUGGAUUUCCAAGGGCUCGACUUGGAGGCGGCGUUCGGACACAUCCAGAAUCUUGGUGCCAAUACCCCUCGGCCUGGGAACUACGGAAAUGUUCACACGUGUUGUGAGAGGCUUGGGGCCAUCAGGGACCUGAACACUGAGGAAAGGAGGCAGAAGCUCACCAGGUACAGGAAGAAGAAGAUCAAGAGAAACUUUAGCAGAAAGAUCAAGUAUGCUUGCAGGAAGGUUCUAGCAGACAGCCUGCCAAGAGUGCGAGGGAGAUUCGCCAAGAUGGUCGACGGCGACAUCCUCAAGCCGAGGAGGAAGUAGAUCAUGGAAGGCUGCUGCAAAGCUUGCAAGGAAGGCUGCAAGGAAGUAAACUACUACUAAGCUGCCAGUAAGAUUGACGGCUUCUAGAAGCUUCUAGGUGAGGUGCGCCACCUUCUUGGAUGGCUGCCGCGCUGCCUGUCGGCAUUAGUUUUAGUUCGCUCCAUUGAUAUGCUCCUUCGGGUGCCAUCAAUUUCUAUUUCCCAUCUGUGUAAUAAUAAUAUGAUCCUUUUACUGCAAGAGAGUGAAGAGCUCCUCUAGCUAGGCUCCUCUGUGUACAAAGUCUUUAUGGUGGUAAUAAUAAAACUCGGCUCCUCUCUUGCCAGUCA